AUGUCAAUUGCACUAGUCGUACGCGAAAAUAAAAAGCUUGUUCUCGAAAAACUUCCUCUACCUCAAUAUGGACCCAAAGAUCUUUUAAUUAAAGUUACUCAUGUUGCACAAAAUCCAACUGAUUGGAAACAUGUUCAUUUCGGUUUAGCUAAACCAGGAUCUAUAGUUGGAUGUGAUUUCGCUGGUGAAGUCGUUAAAGUUGGCAAAGAAGCUGUUGGUAAUUAUAAAAAAGGUGAACAUGUUGCGGGUCUUGUUCAUGGUGGUCUCGAUUCUCAAAUGGGUAUUCGUGGUGCCUUUUCAGAAUAUGUUGUACAAGAAGCAUCACUUGUUUUUCGUUAUCCAUCAACAAUAUCUCCUGAAGCAGUUUCAACACUUCCUCUUGUAUCUAUAACAGCAGCUCUUGGUAUAUUUCAUGAAAUGGGUCUACCUCUACCACCAGCAACAAUUAAAGCUAAUUUUCUUGUAUGGGCAGGUAGCACAAGUGUCGGACAAUGUGCUAUUCAACUAGCUAAAUCAAUCGGUUGUUAUGUUAUAACUACAGCAUCACCUGCUCGUCAUGAUUAUUUGAAAGGACUCGAUGCUGAUAUUUGUUUUGAUUAUAAAGAUCCUAAUAUUGUAUCACUGAUAAAAGAAGCAGCUCAAAAUGAUUUAGCAUAUGCUUUUGAUUGUGUCUCAGAAAUUGAUUCAACCAAACAAGUAUGUGCUGCACUUACUGCCAAUAAUUCACAAUUAGUCACGGUUUUACCUUUUAUCAAAACUGAAUUACCAUCACAUAUUACAGAACAUCGUGUAUUAAUGUAUACAAUUUUUGGAUUUGAAAGAAUCCUCUUUGGUCAAUUUUAUCCAGCAACACCAAAAGAUAAGGAAUUUGCUGAAAAAUUCUACAAACUACUUUCAGAUAUGUUAUUACCAAAAGGUCUAUUGAAACCAAAUAGAGUUACGAAGAUACCUGGCGGAUUGAAUGGAGUACAAGAAGGAUUUAAACGAAUGAUGGAAAAUAAAGUGGCAGCUGAAAAACUAGUUUAUACACUUGCUGAAACUGAUCAUUCGUUUAAAUUAAGAUACGGAUGGAUUUGUUGCCAAAGACCUUCUUUACAAGACGAACAUUCUUUAAAUUAA